UCUCUCUCUCUAACUCUUUCAAGACCUCCCCAACUGACUCGCUCUCUCUCUCUCUACCCACAUACACAUAUAUAUAUUCAUUGUGUGUUUGUUUUUUUCAUUUUCAAUUGAAUUCCAGACAAGCAAGCGAGAAGACGAAGCUGUUCUCGAUCUUCUUGCUUGUUCUUGCUAUACAUAUACACAUACACAUACAUAGAUAUAGAUAUAGCUAUAUAUAUAGAGAGAUAGAUUUGGCAUUGUGGGUGGAGGGAGAUGGGGAAGAUAGCGAAUACUAUACAUGGGUUGAAACCAGCGAUGAUGAUGGCGGUGGUUCAGGUUGCAUUGGCAGGAGUCAAUGUAUUCUACAAACUGGCUUCGAGUAUUGGAAUGAGCAUGAGCGUCUUGAUUGCCUAUCGCUUUGUCUUUGCUGCUGCCUUCAUUGUCCCUAUCGCUCUCCUCCUUGAAAGGAAAAGUAGACCAAAGUUAACAUGGAAAGUGGCGUGCCAAGCUUUUCUUUGUGGGUUACUUGGGUAAGUUGCAUGUACAUAUAUGUAUAUAUAUAUAUGCUUGACUAUAUAUAUAGAG